GAAUCGGAAAUAAUAGAUCAAGAAUUGAGUGACAUGACAAUCGAUCAGUUCCCUGAAGAUCCCGGGAUAACGGAUAUUGCUCUUAUUGUAGAGGGAAAAAAGAUGUACACUGCUAAAUCAAUUCUUUCCAUUGCAUCCCCUGUCUUCAGAGCAAUGUUUUCGUCGGAUUUUAAAGAAAGAAAUGCAAACGAAAUUGAACUACCUGGAAAAAUCUAUGGAGACUUUGAAAAAUUUCUUAUGUGCUUGUCUCCAGAUAAAUACUUGGAUUUGGAUGAUGAUGUGAUAGAGAAAUUACUGCAAUUAGCCAAAGAAUACCAGGUUAAUUCAAUUAUCAGCAAAUGUGAAACGUGGCUUCUUAAAGAGAUGGAUCUGAGAGAAGCCAGAGAAGAAUCAAUGAUAGCUGAGGUCGAGUUUUUAUUAAAAUCAUUCUAUUACGGUAGUGAAUACAACAUGCCAAAAAUACGAGUACGAACAUUGAGACGUCUAAAGCCAUUUAAAUUGGCGUCAUACAAAAGUGUGAAAACAUAUAGGGAUCUACCAGAAAAGGAUAAAAUAGAACUACUUGAGUGUAGAAUUGCUGAACUUGAUUCCUUACAUUCUUACACUCCUAGAUUGGGAACCAAUAGUCAGUGUAACAUCCAUUCUUCACAUUUUCACUAAGUCCCCGUUCACACAGAGCUACAACUUUACGACAAUCAUCCCGAACAAGCCACGAUCUGGAAAAGUUUUGGAUUUGGGCUGAUCUUAGCAGAUCGGCGUCUAAAUCGAGCAGUUUGGCAAAUUAUGGUCUUCAUUACGAUCAUACUACGAUGCCCUUACGUCAAACGCGCUGCUAACACGCUUCAACAACGAAGUUUCGCAGACCGUUGCCGACCAGCGACUGUGUUUACUGCGUUAGUAUGAUUUUGGCGAUGAUGCAUAUAUAUUUCCAUUUCUAUUUUUUUUUUCUCUGUGAUAUAUCUCUAAAGUUUAGUUAAGGAGGCAAAAUAUGCAUGUAAAUCUCGAGCAGUUGACUUUGUGUUUGACGUCAGUGGGUGAGGUUUAUUGAAAAUGGCAUUGGAGUCCUCGUGUUAUUUUAAUCUGUUGGUCUACAUUUUAAAAGUCCAAAUCUACAAAUUAAUUUCACAAUGAAUUGGAAUUAGAAGGAAUCACUGUCUAGUUAGUAUAGUAUGCCAAGGGCAUCAACGAU